AUGCCCAUGUACGGGGAUUUGGGCAACAAGCUAGUCCAACACGCCAAACGGACACAGGGUUUGGCACAUCUACCACCGUACCAGACCGAGCUUGUCCGCGCCGCGACAAGAGAGGUGCGCGAUCUGGACAAGGACGUGGCGAGCUUGCUCGAGCCAUUCCAAGGCUCAUUUGAUCCGACGGCGGACCAAGCCACGGCAUGCACGCUGCUAGUGAACCACUUGUCCAUGCGAAGGAACAAGCGCUGCCUCCUUGCCUACCAUCGGACCCGUACUGACAAGCUGGAGGAGCUGGCCUGGAACGGGACCGACAUCCUCGAGCUUGCUGGACAGCAAGCCGGCGGGACAAACGGUGCGCCUAUCGCCGAUGCUGGGGAAGCCAGCAGUCUCAGCCCCCAGGAAGAAGACUAUUUCCGGCAGUAUGGAGAUCUGCUGGCUGCGUACAAGGGUCAAUGGACAGACAUAGACUUGACAGGAAGCCUCGAGCCCCCGAGGGAUCUGUUCAUUGAUGUCCGGGUGCUGAAGGAUGCUGGCGAAAUUCAGACUGAAUAUGGCGCUAUCAACUUGACCAAGAAUAGCCAAUUCUACGUCCGGCAAGGCGAUGUGGAACGCCUGAUUGCGCAAGGCUACCUUCAGAAGCUUGGGUGA